AUGGGACAAGAUCACGGCGCGAUAUUGGACACUGAACGCUUAGCAACGCUGGCCGAUAUUUUUACACGGCCAUCCGCAGCCCUUGGAGGAAUUUGUAAUCUGUGUUUCCUGUCAUCAACGAAUCUCAAAUUGCAUGUUUCGCGCCACCUUGAGCAAAUCGUUCUGUUCGCGCUACCGAGGUCUGAUUACGCUGCAGGUGACGAGUCGAUAGGUGGUAACUCCGUGGACAUACAUUCGAACCAGUCACAGAAAAAUGUGAAGGGGUCGGUGGUCGAGAAGGAAAUGUUACAGAGUCAGCCGUCAGGUACAGCCCACACGCUGUCCAAGGAUCGAGAUGACCGGCUGGGAGCUGCGGAGGCACAGGAUGACGAUCCACCCGGUGAGGAUAUAGUCCACCAGAUUGACGUACCAGACAUGGUACCUUCUUCCUGGGACGAUGUGACCGAUAAAUUCUCGGAAGCCAGACGAGGCUUAUCGGCAACAGCGCCAUUCUUGGAACGAAGUACGACAGCGGGGUACUGUAAUGUCGCCGUGCUACUAAUUCAGUGGGCCGAUGAAACCGAAGAACGCAAGAAAGAGGUGAGUACGCUCCAGAAUUGA